CAGCAGCCUAAUUCGUCGACUAGUUUUGUGAGAAUAUAUUUGAAAUCUCCAAAAAGUUGGUUCCUUUUUGGUGGAUCGUUUCCGCCAGAUUUGGGUCUGAUCCAAUUCUUAAUCACUUUCCUCUCGCAAAUUCAAAUGUAGAGACUCACAAUCUUUCUCCCAUUCAACCCCAUUUUGCCAUUAUCUUUUUGAAGCUUACUCCUUCUCUCCAGAAGCUAUGGAGUUCACUGAGUCUUACAAGCAGACUGGGCCCUGUUGUUUCUCUCCCAACGCCCGUUUCAUCGCUGUGGCCGUCGAUUAUCGCCUUGUUGUUCGCGACACUCUCUCCUUCAAGAUAAAAGUGACGCAAGUAAACUUUGUUCUUGCUUUGAUUUUCUGUUCUGGUGGGGUGGAGAAUCCAAUGGAAACUUGAGCAGUAGCUUGGUUGUGAGGUAAAUGUAGCUUUGCUCAUCAAGACGAUAUAUAACUUAAACGAUGCAAUGCAGGUUGUCCACUUGUUUUCCUGUCUGGACAAGAUAAGCUACAUUGAAUGGGCCCUUGAUUCUGAAUACAUUCUGUGUGGUCUAUAUAAAAAACCAAUGAUACAGGCAUGGUCAUUGACACAGCCUGAAUGGACGUGCAAGAUAGAUGAUGGUCCAGCCGGCAUUGCAUAUGCCAGAUGGAGCCCAGACAGCCGUCACAUAUUGACCACAUCAGAUUUUCAACUACGGUUGAUAGUCUGGUCCUUGGUAAAUACAGCCUGCGUACAUGUGCAGUGGCCAAAGCAUACUUCCAAGGGAGUUUCAUUUACUAAAGAUGGGAAAUUUGCAGCGGUUUGCACUCGUAAAGAUUGCAAGGAUUACAUUAAUCUCAUUUCUUGUCAUACAUGGGAGAUCAUGGGUGUUUUUGCUGUUGAUACUCUGGAUUUGGCAGAUCUUGAAUGGUCGCCAGAUGAUAGUUCUAUUGUGGUCUGGGACUCGCCUCUUGAAUAUAAGGUUUUGAUUUACUCUCCAGAUGGAAGGUGUCUAUUUAAGUAUCAGGCAUAUGAAAGUGGACUUGGUGUAAAAAGUGUUUCAUGGUCACCUUGUGGACAGUUUUUAGCUGUUGGUAGUUACGAUCAGAUGUUGAGAGUUUUAAAUCAUCUGACAUGGAAGACUUUUGCUGAGUUUAUUCAUGUAUCUACCGUUCGUGGUCCUAGUUCCACUGCUAUUUUUAAGGAGGUGGACGAACCAUUACAGCUUAAUAUGUCAGAAUUAUGUCUCGAUGAUGAUUCUGAAGAUUCUACCGAAGGACACUUCAGGGUCAGAUAUGAAGUUACAGAAGUACCUAUUACUUUGCCAUUCCAGAAACCCCUUGCUGACAAACCAAAUCCUAAGCAAGGCAUUGGUCUCAUGCUAUGGAGCAAGGAUAGCCAAUACAUCUGUACACGCAACGACAGCAUGCCGACGGCUCUUUGGAUUUGGGACAUUCACCAUCUAGAACUAGCAGCCAUCUUGGUGCAGAAAGAUCCUAUCCGAGCAGCAGCUUGGGAUCCGACGUGCACACGUCUUAUUCUCUGCACCGGUAGCCCGCAUUUAUACAUGUGGACCCCUGCAGGGGCUUAUUGCGUAAACGUCCCUCAAUCGGAAUUCGCAAUAACCGACCUGAAAUGGAAUUCAGAUGGUAGCUGUGUUCUCCUCAAGGACAAAGAAGCGUUCUGUUGUGCUGCUGUUCCUGUUCUACCAGAAUCAAGUGAUUAUAGUUCGGAGGAGUAAUGAUCAUUCCUUAUGAAAUGGUACUUUCUUGACUUUAGAGUAAUGGAACUUAGAAAUCAAGAGGUUUUGAUUGAGUUGAGGAGCUCUCUUUUAGGAGAAUUUUAGGUACAGGUCUAUAUCAGAAUUUGGAAGAUGUAAUUACCAAUUAGUAUGAAGAUGAACCUCCACAUUUGUUGUAACUGAGAUACAAUUUUAGCUUUAGGUUUUGUAGGAUUUUUCUCAUAUACGGAGAUGUACUAUUAGGGAAGACGAAGGAUUAUUAAAAAGUAAAGUAAUGUUGUAUCUUAGAUGUUCAUAAUCAGAAGAAUUUGAACAUUGUGUCAAAGUGUA